GUAGUUCAUAUCUGAUUCAUUAUUUUGGGAAAUAUAACUAGUUAAAUUAUUCUUCUCUCUACUUGUUAGUAAUGAAUGAAGACAAAUUACUAAGAAACAAAUUGAUUCUUGGUGUAACUGGCAGUGUUGCUGCAAUCAAAAUACCAUGUUUAAUAGAAAAACUUCUAGAAAUAGGAUUUGAAGUUCGUCUAGUUGUUACAGACAAUUCACUUAACUUUUUUUCAGUAGACACUGUAAGUGUCCCAGUGUACAAAGACAUAGACGAAUGGACAAGUUGGAAAAAACGUGGUGAUCCUGUGUUACAUAUUGAGCUUAGAAAUUGGGCAGAUAUACUACUAGUGGCUCCAUUGAGUGCUAAUACAAUGGCAAAGAUGGCAUAUGGACUAGCUGAUAAUCUACUUACAACACUUGUACGUGCAUGGUGGUUUCCCAGUGAACAAAAUAUUGUCAAUAAACCAGUAUAUUUUGCUCCUGCUAUGAAUACUUUAAUGUGGCAACAUCCUUUUACUCAUGAACAAAUUGAACGUCUAGUUGAUAGACUUCAUUGGAAAUGUAUAAAUCCUGUCCAUAAGACAUUGAUUUGUGGAGAGACUGGUAUUGGAGCGAUGGCAGAAGUCAGUGAUAUUGUUAAUUAUUUAAAACAAGAACUAAAUAAAAGCUUGUUAUAA